CAAAGCGAGCGCUCUACCAUAUGAGCUACAUCCCCAAUUACGAAUAUACCUAGAGUUUAUAAAAUGGUUUUUAUUUGUCACCGAUUCAACUUCUCGUCGGCGGUCGGAGCGUCGUCUGCAGCGAGCGGUCGCCGGAGAGUGCUGGAGAGAGUGGAUAAGGAACUCUCCAGAGGCAACUACGAGUCCGCUCUCUCUCUCAUCAAGCAAUCCAAGACCAAUCCCCACGGCCUCCGCGCCUUCGGCUCUGUCAAACUGGUUCCCAGGAAAAGUCCAUUUUUCGAUAUCAAUGGAAGCAAUUCAUCGGAGCUUCGAUCUCUGGUCGAUUCAGUUGUGGAUUCCAUCCGUGGAUGCAUCGAAUCUACUUCCGCAGAUGAGAUAUCAUCAGACAAGAGACACAGUAAGGAAGAAACUGGAUCUUCGAGUGAAGAACCAGCCGACCGGUUCAUGGUUGUUCAGCAUGAAUCCGGUCAUUUUCUGGUUGGAUACUUGCUCGGAGUUCUGCCCAGACGCUAUGAAAUACCGAAAUCGGAAGCUCUUAGGUGCAAUGACUCCACCGUGACAGGAAGAGUAGAGUUUGUGGGCUUCGAGUUUCUAAAAGAAGUUGGGAUCGCAAAACAGCUCAUGAAAGACGAUGUACUCUGCAAAACUUAUCAGAUGGAGACUAGAGGCAAGAUCUCAUCUAAGAUAUUGAACAGCUUUUCAUGUGUGAUACUUGGAGGAUUGGUUACAGAGCACAUGCUGCUCGGAUACUCAGAAGGUCUCCACUCCGAUGUCGACAAGUUGCUCAGUGUUUUGAGAUGGUUGGGGUUCACAGAAACAGAGGCAAAAUCACACAUAAGAUGGGCAGCUUCCAACACUGCAUACCUCCUGCUUUCUCAUAAAGACGCAAGAGAAAAGCUCGCUGAAGCCAUGGCUAUGUCCAAAUCAGUUGGAUAUUGCAUAGAAACAAUUGAAACUGCCAUUUUCAGACAUCAAAUCUGAAGUUUGGUUAAUGUUCCGCUGCUUCAUCCCUCAUGUACCAUUUUCAGACAUCAAAUUAUCCACAGUUUAUCCAAAGAACUACCGAACUGGAAGCGUC